AUGAUAACGUUGCACUGUGUCCUCAUUUUGUGCAAGGUAGCAACGCAUUGAGCCGGUUAACCAUCGUUUGUGGCCAUGAAGCUUUUUACAGCGGUGAUGGCUGUACUGUGUGCACCGAUAUUGGUGCUCACAGAGGAUGCCCAUGAGGACCCUCCAUCGUGUUCGCCGGAACCCGUGAAGAACCUUGAGCUGAAUCCUGGCACUUUAGACGCUGUGGUCACGUGGUCUAAGCUGGAAAAUAUGUGUCCUGAAGGUAAAACCAGCAUCGUCCUCAGCUGGACCUCGGGGGAACGGCAGAGGAACGAGACGCUCGAUGGAACUGUGGAAAGAUAUGUAGUGCAAGGCUUGAAACCGUGGACUAAAGUCAAGGUUGACGUGCAUGUGCAGCACACUGGCGAUAACGGGAUGACACAUCUCAGCCUAGUGGAAACGAAGCAGAUCACGACCCUAAAAGGCAAGCCUUCGCCUCCACGUGGCAUCGAGGUCGUUGCCAUAAAACUGUCGGAAGACGACGAAGGCGCUGAGAUGAUCGUAGAGUGGAAGGAGCCCGAGACGCCCAACGGUCCAAUAGACGGCUAUUUAUAUAACGUCCGCUGGGGCCUGAAACCCUGCGCGGAAUGGAAGGAAUCCGUCAAGCAGGCAAGCGAGAUGGAGACUCACAACAAAACGUGGCAGCAAGUCACCAGAUUGACGCCAUUACUACACUACGAAUUUUCAGUAGUAGCCUACAACAAAAAUGAAGGACAGCUCCGACUAAAAAGUGACCCUGCUAUGGUCUGCACAAAGGCUCCUCCUCCACCCAUCAAGCCACUGGAAGAUGUGAAAGUCGAGUGCACAUCGAACCCGAAAAAAGUCGCCGUGUCCUGGAAAGAGCCGGAGGACAGUCACCAUUGGGAAAGUUAUGAAGUGGCGUUUUCUGUGCAGAAGGAUGGUGAAUCCCAUGUCAUCGAGGAAAUGAGGCUGAACAAUACGUUGGCAUGCGACGCCGGGAAGUGCGCCGUGGAAGUAACAGAUGGUUUGGACGAAGGCACCGAAUACAGCAUCACUGUGAAGCCAUUUAUGAAGAAGCUCGCAACAUUCAUUGAAGAAUACAGUGUUUCGACGUGUAAGCUUUCGAAGGGAAAUGGUCAAGAGGGUCUCCAAAGCGGCAGCAUCAUCGCAUUAACCCUCCUCGCCCUCCUGGUUACCAGCCUUGUGAAGGUGAGGUAGAUGUUCCCGAGAGAGCACCUGACGACGCACACAGCGCCGACGAAAUGCCAGUGGAGCCACUACACUUCUUCGGGGGUAGCAUUUGUUUUUUUUUUUUUUUUUUUUAGAAAUAUGUUCAAGACCCUUCAGGUGAAUUGCGGAGCGGCCGAGUGUUCACAGCUGAGAGACAACCAAAAGAACGCGAAACAUCAACUAGAAAUAAUGGUGCAAAUGUACCCUGUGAUAGUACCACGAAUAAAUUACUGCGCCACCUG